UUUGCGCAAGAUCAACUUCCGGGGAAACAAAAAGUAGCGUGAAAAUCUUGCGUUUAAAAAAUCGACGUUUGAAAUGUCAAGUCGUAGACGACACGACUCCUACAGUGACGAGGAAGAUGGUCCUUCAUCAGCAAGAAAGAGAAGAAGAGUAUCAGAGAAUGUUGACAUUGAAGACAGACUUGAAUCACUCAUAACUAGAGUAGGAGAAAAGAGUACAUCCUCUUUAGAAAGUAACCUUGAAGGCUUAGCUAGUGUCCUGGAGGCAGACUUGCAGAAUUACAAGACAAAAAUCCUAAAAAUUCUAGUAGAAUGUGUAGCAGCUUUACCAGAGAAGAUGGCUGUCUAUACCACUUUAGUGGGUCUUCUUAAUGCCAAAAACUACAACUGUGGAGGCGAGUUCACAGAACUAUUAGUAAGACAUUUGAAAGAAGCUCUGAAGACAGGAGAAUUUGAUAAUGCUUUGUUAAUUGUACGAUUUUUAUCUGACCUAGUAAACUGUCAUGUGAUUGUUGCUGGUUCACUGAUUGCAAUGUUUGAUAACUUUAUAGAAGUUACAUUGGAAGACAACAUACCUCAGGUUAGGUCAGAUUUCUACAUAUAUGCUGUAAUGGCGUCACUACCUUGGGUUGGUAAAGAACUGCAAGAAAAGAAAGAACAGGAAUUUGGGAAGCUUUUGAUGUCAAUAGAUAAUUAUAUAAGCAAGAGACAGAAGAUUCAUGCACCAACCCUGAGAGUUUGGACUUCAGAUGAUCCACAUCCACAAGAAGAGUAUUUGGACUGUUUGUGGUCACAGAUAAAGAAUCUCCGAGCCAAUAAAUGGGCAGAGAAACAGAUAACCCGACCUUACCUGGCUUUUGAUGGUGUGUUAUGUGAAGCCUUACAGCACACUUUACCACAGAUAAUACCACCAUCACACAAUGACGAAAUGAGCUAUCCUUUGCCGAGAGUUAUUUUUAGAAUGUUUGAUUAUACUGAUGUACCUGAGGGACCAGUUUUACCAGGAAGUCAUGCAAUUGAAAGAUACCUUAUAGAAGAACAACUCAGAAGAAUUAUUUUCAAACAUGCAUUUGAUCGUAAAGACUGUGCAGCUUCAUUGCUCAGUUAUCCAAUGAAGAACAAAGUCCCACUCAAUUAUAUGAUUGUAGAGGUGAUGUUUGGAGAAUUGUUUUUGUUACCACGGUGUCCAAGACUAGAGAUUUAUUAUGGUUCCACAUUUAUUGAGUUAUGUAAACUACAGCCUGGAUCAAUGCCCCAAGUUCUAGCUCAAGCCACAGAACUUUUAUUUGAAAGGAUUGAUUCAAUGAAUCUCUCAUGUAUUGAACGACUUACCAACUGGUUUGCUUAUCACUUGAGUAAUUUCCAGUUUCGAUGGAGUUGGGAUGAUUGGAGUUCAUGUUUACAAAUGGAUCCAGAAUUACCCAAACCAAAGUUUAUUAAAGAAGUUCUUAUCAAAUGUAUGAGAUUAUCCUACCAUCAAAGAAUUGUGGAGACUUGUACUGAGGAUUUUGCACCAUUGAUACCAGAGAAACCCCAGUCUAAUUUCAAAUAUGAGAAGGAAGGAUCAGGGUCAUUACCAGGGACUAUGACAGCUCAUCAGCUGAUCCAAGCUAUCAAAUCAAAAUGUACUCCAGAGGAAACUAUGGUGAUAUUGAAAGAUUUACCCAACCCCCUGAAAGAAGAUGAUGAAACUGAUCCAACAUACCACCCACUGAGAAUUGAUGUAUUUGUGUCUACAUUGCUACAUUUAGGGAACAAAUCAUUCAGUCACUCUUUUGCAGCUAUUGCCAAAUUCCACCACAUUUUAAAGUUACUAGCAGACACAGAAGAAGGACAGAUUUGGGUUUUACGGACAAUGUUUGAAGUUUGGAGAUCUCACCAACAAAUGAUGGUAGUUUUAGUGGACAAAUUGUUAAAGACACAAAUCAUAGAACCCUCAGCUGUUGCUAACUGGUUGUUCUCAAGUGAAAUGCAACCAGAAUUUACAAAAUUUUAUGUCUGGGAGAUAAUGCACAGUACAAUAACAAAGAUGAGUAAACACGUUGAUAAACUACAGAAAGAAGUCGAUGAUGCUAAAGACAAGUUAGAUGCUUACAAAAGAAGGAUAAAUGAUGGUUUAGAGGAUGACGAUGAUGAUGAUGUACCUACAGAAUCUCUGAUAGAGAGAAUGGAGGAGAGAUUAGAUCUGGCACAAAAUCAACAAAAGAGACUUUUUCUUAUCAUAUUUCAGAGAUUUAUUAUGGUUUUAUCGGACCAUCUUGCCAACUGUGAGUCCAAUGGCAUUGAUUACAGCACACCAUGGUAUAAAUGGUGCAUAGAAAGAUUACAGCAAAUAUUCCUUUUACACCAUGAAUUGGUAUACAGAUACAUCAGUACAUUAGAGACAUUGUUAUUUACAAGUGACAUUGAUUUCCAUAUCUUGGAAAUAUUCCAACAGUUCUGUGCAUUACGAUCAUGAAAUUUAUGUUAUCAUUAUCAUCAUUGUUACAGACAAGUCAUUGAGUCAUUUUUUCUGUCAUCAGUAUUUUUGUUUAAACUUGAGGUAAUGUGUUGUUGUAAUACAUGAUGAAAUAACUGUAGUGAUAUGAUUACCAUCACAAGUGGAAUAGUAUAAAGACUGUACAUAUUUCAUUUUGAAAAAUCUGUUUUUUUAAUUAGGGAAUGAGAAGGUACAGUAAUGUAUGUAGUAGGAUUCCAAAUUCAUGUUACCUUAUUAGUGAUUAUAGUAAUUGAUAGGAAAGAUAGACAAAACAGAAGGAAAAUAAGAACUAGAUACAGAUGGCUUCAACUUUAUACUGUACUAGUAGUCAAAUAUAUUUUCAUUUUACUGAGGGCGUUUAAAAAAAAAAAAUGCUAAAAUCUAAAUUCCUUAUGAAAAGUAAGUAAAAAAAGAUACCUUAUUUCAACAGUUGUCAAAUGUUUUUAUAGAAAUUAAACCAUAAUUGACCAGGUGAAGUAUAUAAUUGCAAAUAUAAAGUGGUUCAGAAAGUUGCAGUGAUGUUUACAUUAAAUCAAUGCAAUGUUAGAGUAGAAUAUGUAUACUUUCAGGAAUUCAUUUUAUGGAGGAAUUCAAUUUUUUUCAUUUUAUACACCAUGUCAUUGUUACUGAAUUUGAAGAAAUUGUAAAUUAAAACAUCAACUAUGAA